AUGGGUCUAUGUGAAAAUACCAUUGUCUUCAUUUUGAUUUGCUCACUCACCUUAUCACUAAAUCCCUUAUGCAAAUGCAAAGCAUCUGAUCAAGUUCUUUGCAUUCCUAGUGAGCGACAAGUCCUGCUUAAUUUCAAGCAACAUCUUCAUGAUCCUUCAAACAGGCUUGCCACUUGGUCUGAUGAUAACACAAAUUGCUGCAACUGGACAUCAGUUUCUUGCAAUCAUGAAACAGGUCACAUUCUUGAACUUCACCUCUCAACUUCAAUUACUUACUCGUAUGGGGGUUAUGAUGUUUCUGAGAUAUCAAGGUUUGGGGGUGAAAUACAUCCUUCGAUACUUCAGUUGAAAGAACUAGGUUACUUGGAUUUGAGCGGCAACCAUUUUGGAGGCAUGCAGUUUCCAAGUUUCCUUUGUUCAAUGAAGAGCUUGACAUAUUUGAACCUCUCUUAUGCGGGAUUCAGUGGAAGCAUUCCUCACCAAAUAGGAAAUCUCUCUGGUUUGCUCCAUCUUGACCUUGGAGGAGAUAAUUAUUUUACUGGAAAGAUUCCCCAUCAAAUUGGUAAUUUAUCAAAUCUACUCUAUCUUGAUCUCUCUGGUGAUCAUCAAUAUGACGAGGAUGGGAUAUCAAUGUAUGAAGAAAAUCUUCAAUGGAUAUCAUCUCUUUCUUUACUCCAAUAUCUUCAAUUGAGUUUUGUUAAUAUGUCUAAUGCCUUUGAUUGGUUGCUUGUUUUGCAAUCUCUUCCCUUGUUAACAGAGUUACAUCUGCAAGAGUGUGCUCUUCGUCACAAUUUCCAUCCAGCCAUUGCCAUAAACUUUUCAUCUCUAACAAUCCUUGACCUUUCCUUUUCUUUUGAUUUUGGACCUCCUUCCAUUCCAAAGUGGAUUUUUCAGCUAAAGAAUUUGGUUUCUCUUAAAUUAAGCAACAAUAAUUUGCAAGGAUUCAUCCCAAAUGGUAUUCAUAACCUCUCUCUCAUUGAAGAUCUUGAUUUGUCUAACAAUUUGUUUAAUUCUUCUAUUCCUGAUUGGUUAUAUAGUUUGAACCAUCUCAAGUCUCUUACUCUUUAUUGGAACAAUUUGCAUGGAACAAUUUCAAAUGCAAUUGGAAACUUGACUUCUAUGGUUACUCUUGCUUUGUCAUUCAAUCAGUUGGAAGGGCCAUUUCCAAACUCUUUAAGCAAUCUUUGUAACUUAAGAAGUGUUUAUCUCUCUAACAAUAACUUUAAUCAACAAGUUUCUAGGUUAAUUGAAAUAAUCUCUAAUUGUGCUUCUCACACACUCGAGGUAUUGUCAAUUGAUGGUUCAAAAGUUUACGGUAAUUUGACAGCCCAGAUUGGGAUUUUCAAAAAUCUCCAUAGACUUUCUAUCUUUAACAGUUCUAUUCAAGGUGCAAUUCCUAUAUCUUUAGGAAAUCUUACCUCUUUGAGAUAUCUGCGAGUUCAGGGAAAUAAAUUUGAUGGGAAUCCUUUUGAUGUUUUGCAAUCACUUUCUGAAUUAGAAUAUCUUGAUAUCAGUGAUAAUCUUUUCUGUGGAAUUGUAAAUAAAGAUCACCUCGCCAAUUUUGCUAAAUUAAAUUGGUUCAUCGUAUUAGGAAACAAACUUACUUUAAAAGUAGAUCCCAAUUGGAAGCCAUCUUUUCAAAAGUUGAUCUUUUUGGACAUAGGCUUAUGGCAUUUAGGUCCUCACUUUCCAUCAUGGAUCCUAUCACUGAAAGAUCUUAAGGGGUUGUCCAUACCUUACACCAACAUCUCUGAUUGUAUCCCCACAUGGCUGUGGGGUGCAUUCCCCAAUGCUUUUUAUUUUGAUUUCUCUAACAAUGAUAUCCAUGGAGAGCUUUCUUAUACAUUGAAGAAUCCCAUCAAUGUUGAAACCAUUGAUUUAAGCUCAAAUCGCUUAAGUGGUGCUUUACCACACAUAUCACCAAUUGUGGGAUACUUAGACCUCUCAAAUAAUUGGUUUUCUGGAUCCAUAGCCUCCUUCUCAUGUCAGGAAAAGGGAGAGCCAAUGAUGUUAGAAUAUCUCGAUUUAACAUCAAAUAAUUUGUCAGGUGAAAUACCUGAUUGUUGGAAGAUGUGGUCAAAUAAUCUAAUGAUCGUCAAGUUUGAUAAUAACCAUUUCAAUGGGAAGUUGCCCACAUCCUUGGGAUCCUUACCUUGGCUCUACUCAUUGCAACUCCGUAACAACUCUCUUUCAGGAAAUUUUCCUGUUUGUUUCAAGAAUAGUACUAAAUUGUUAUUUUUGGAUCUUAGAGAGAAUCAAUUUUCAGGAAUCAUUCUACCAUGGGUUGGAGACAUUCUCUUAAAUUUGAAGAUCUUUCUCCUCAGAUCAAACCAAUUCAAUGGUAAGAUUCCCAAUCAAAUAUGCUAUUUGAAUUCGCUACAUAUCUUGGAUCUUGCACAAAAUGACUUGACGGGACAAAUACCAAAAUGCAUCAAUCAAUUGAGUGUUAUGCUAGUACAGAAUACCACUCUAGAGUCAAACAUCUAUAGCAAUGGAACUUCUCUACAUAUAACUAAUGUGCUUCUAGAGCUGAAAGGAACAUAUUAUGUAUAUACUUUCUUGGGCCUCGUCACAAGCAUAGAUCUCUCUGGUAAUAAAUUAUGCGGGGAGAUACCAAGUGAAAUUACAUCUCUUAAGGGGUUGCAUUUCUUGAACUUGUCAAACAAUCUUUUGAGUGGUAAGAUUCCUCAAAAUAUUGGAAACAUGGAAUGGUUGGAGUCAAUGGAUCUCUCAGAAAAUCAGCUUUAUGGUGAAAUCCCAUCAAGCAUGUCCAAUUUGAAUUUCUUGAGCAAGUUGAACUUGUCAUCCAACAAUUUGACAGGAAAAAUUCCAACAGGCACUCAAUUGCAAACCUUUGAAGCAUCAAGUUUUGUGGACAACGAUCUAUGUGGUCCUCCAUUACCAAAGAAUUGCGAUGAUUUGCAAAAUAUCCCCAACCGCCAUGAUGACAAAGAAGGUAAGAGAAAUGGGGUCAAUUGGUUUUAUGUGAGCAUGUCUCUGGGAUAUGUUUUAGGAUUUUGGUUAGUUGUUGGUCCCUUGCUCUACAGUAGAUCCUGGAGGUUGAACCGUGUGAUGUAUGUGGUGCUGUUGGUUGGCCAGAAUCUAUUGCUACGUGCUACAAAUGCAAUGUAG